CCCGGCUGUCUUUGGUGCAAGGCCAUCUUCUCAGGCUACAAGUGCAACCGGCACAACCCGCGGGGGUACAGGGCGCUGCUGAAGAUCGAGGGCAUAUGCACGGGCAGAGACUCGGACUUCUACCUGGGCAAGAGAUGUGCCAGGAACAACACGGUGACACCAGGUGGGAAGCCUAACAAGACCACAGUGAUCUGGGGAAAGGUGACGCGGGCUCAUGGCAACAGAGGGAUCCUGCAUGCCACGUUCCGCAGCAACCUUCUUGCCAAAGCCAUCAGGCACAGGAUCUCAGUGAUGCUGUACCCAUCAAAGAUUUAGAUUUACUGAAAAUUAAAUAAAAGUAUAGAUUUGUAAAAAAAAAAAAUCUAUUUCAGGGAGUCAGGUGGUUGUGCAGCCGUUAAGCACAGGUGGCGCAAAGUGCAAGGACCGGCUUAAGAAUUCUGGUUCAAAUAAAAAAAAAGGGCAACAAAAGGGGAAAAAAAAAGAAAAAGAAUCCCAGUUCGAGCCCCUGGCUCUCCACCUGCAGAGGAGUUGCUUUACAAGUGGUGAAGCAGGUCUGCAGUUGUCUAUCUUUCUCUCACCCUCUGUCUUCCCCUCUUCUCUCCAUUUCUCUCUGUCCUAUCUAACAACGACGACAUCAAUAACAACAACAAUAACUAUAACAACAAAGAAAAACAACA